CAGGUUUCAUCAUCUAAAGAGAAUAUAAAAGAAUUAGUAAUGCCCCUUCUUUAUGUAACUGUCGCUGUUUUAUAUAUGUUCCUAGCCAACUAUAUCGGUCAGUCUGUAACAAAUCACAAUCAUCACGUAUUUGUUACCGCGUAUAACGUUCGAUGGUAUAUAGCACCAUUGUACAUACAAAGAACAAUAUUGUUCCUGUUACAAAGAAAUACGAGAAACUUCACUUUAAACGUCGGUGGAUUCUUUGUUGCGUCUAUAGAAUGUUUUGCUACGCUAGUGAAGACUUCAGUAUCUUAUUUUACAGUUAUAUAUUCUACACGAUGAUGAGACCAUAAUAAUUUAAAUUAAAUAAAUCCAAUCCAAGAGAGAGCAUGGAGAGUUAUAAUAGAGAAACAAUUUAUA